AUGGUAAACGGCGAAGGUGGCGAGGCCAUCACAAAUCCCGGCAAGCUCACCGGCUACGACUUCUACCGCUCCACCCUGGGAUCCCCGCGCUAUGUGGUGGCCCCCAUGGUGGACCAAAGCGAGCUGGCCUGGCGGAUGCUGUGCCGGCGAUAUGGCGCCGAGCUCUGCUACUCGCCCAUGUACCAUGCGAAUCUCUUCGCCACCGAUCCCAAGUACCGCAAGGAUGCCCUGCAGACGUGCGCCGCGGACAGGCCGCUGAUCAUUCAGUUCUGCGGCAACGAUGCCCAGCAGAUCCUGGACGCAGCCCUGCUGGCCCAGGACCACUGCGAUGCGGUGGACAUUAAUUUGGGCUGUCCACAGGCCAUCGCCAAGCGCGGUCACUACGGCUCCUUCCUGCAGGACGAAUGGGAACUGCUGACGGAGAUUGUUAGCACAUUGCAUGCCAAGCUAAGCGUACCGGUGACCUGCAAGAUUCGCAUCUUCGAGGAUCUCGAAAAGACCAUCAGAUACGCCAAGAUGCUGGAGGCGGCCGGCUGUCAGCUGCUCACAGUCCACGGACGGACGAGGGAACAGAAGGGUCCGCUGACCGGGGUGGCCAACUGGAGCUACAUCAAGGAAGUGCGACAGCACGUCAAGAUUCCCAUGCUGGCCAACGGCAACAUCCUGGCCCUGGAGGACGUGCAUCGUUGUCUGGAGGAAACGGGCGUCGAUGGCGUAAUGAGCGCCGAGGGCAAUCUCCACAAUCCGGCCAUCUUCCAGGGAAUCUCGCCGCCCGUCUGGCAAAUGGCCAGUGAGUACUUGGAGCUCGUCCAGCUGCAUCCCUGUCCAAGCUCCUACAUUCGAGGGCAUCUCUUCAAGCUCUUCCAUCACAUUAUGAACAUACGGAACAACUCGGAGCUGCGCCAGUUUCUGGCCACUGCCAAUCAGCUAGUGCAAUUCCAAACUGUGGUGCAACAGGUGCAGGCCAAGUAUGAGCCCUUCCAUAAGAAGGAGGUGGUCUACGAACCGGAAGAGUGGGCUGCUGGCUCCGAGGAAGAACUACCGCUGGAUCCCUGGCUGUGCCAGCCCUACAUACGCGCCUCGCCCGAGUCCCACCGCCAGAAGAUCGCCGAGAAGGUGCGCGAGGCCGAGGAUCCCAACAGGGCCAAGCGGCAGUACUUCGACAAUGCCGGCAACGAGAUCUCUCGCAAGCGGAUGAAAAAGCUGCGGCGGCGCCAGCGAAGACCAAACAAGACAGAGGCACAUGUUCAGAAUCGGCACGAGCGGCGGCUGGAAUACUGCUCGGAGUGCUCCAAUCCCCAGGGAUCCAAGUGCGAGUUCCGGCUGUGCCGCGUCUGCUGCAAGGACAGGUGCUACAACAACGACCGCGACUGUCCCGGCCACGGCAUCCUGAUCAAGUCGCGCCGGGCCAAGGCCAAGCGGUUCGAGGAGCCCAUCGCAGAGGAUGAUGUGUCCAAAAAAACAGACAACGACCCAACGAUAGCUUCUAUCGGUGCACAGGAUCCGCUUUGACGUUGACUUGACUGGGAGCCUUAGAAGAAACUACUGCUAUUGUUUGUGUUCCUACGAUCGAUAAUAAAUGUAGAUUUUUGUUUUAAUCACAAAACGUUUAGAUUGGAAUUGGAAACCUAUGAUCAUUUAAUUUAUUUUAUGUAAAUAAAUUUAAUUUGUGCUUUUAUUUUCUAUAUGAACCAGCUUUUCUAAUUCUAACAGAUUGGAAUUGAAAACCUA